AUGGCGCCCGACGACACAAGUCGCGCGGGCAGCCGUGGCAAAGGUCGCCUCAAGCAGACAAGUGAGGAUAGUGACAUGGCAGACCACGGUGCUGCCUUUAUACGCUCUCUGACUCGAUCAUCGAGAAAGAGAAAGAUCGAAGACGUGACAGACGAUGAAUCCGGCUUUUCCAUAGAAGAUAUGGAGCCGAAUGUGGCGGUGGCAUCUCCUGCUCGCCACAACGGCUUGAACACCAAUCUUCGGGAAAUCUACAAUGCGGAAGAUGCCUUCCGAGACCUCAUGAGGCGGGCCCUCCUACCAGAGCCUGGUCAGGGCCCCCUGCCGAGUCUCCGAGACAUCGCCUUGGCUGGCGGCUUCCGACUCAAUGUGGGAACAAUGUGUUCCGGUACUGACGCGCCAAUCUUUGCUUUAAAGAUGCUACAGAAUGAGUUCUAUGCUAUGACGGGAAUGGAGCUCUUUCGCUACAAGCAACAGUAUGCCGUCGAGAUUGACCCUUACAAACAGGCGUACCUCCGAAGAAAUACCGAUGCAGAUGUCUUUCGGGACGUACGAGAUUUCGCUCAACCUAACAUUGGUGAGGCGAAACUUUUGACUGCGUUGGGCUCUCGGAAAAGCAUUUCUUACGACAAGUGGCAAAUGUUGAUUGUGGGCACAUCCUGUGUUUCGUUUUCGAACCUCAACAAUGCCAAGCAGAAAGAUUAUGGCGGUCCCGCCGCUGGUGAUUUCCACAGAUACCUGCAGAAGAUAUGGGAAACGAAAGAGGAUCCGGGACAGCAACCUCAUAAGCGCAAAAUCUCGACCCUUCUUGGCCAGAUUGUUCAAAAUCUCACCUUGAGCGAAUCCGACGCCACAUUCUUCCCAGUCCUGACUUUCAUUCAGAAUAACCAACCCGCAAUUGUCAUCUUCGAGAAUGUUUUGGACGCGCCAUGGGAGGACCUGGAGACUAUUUUCAUGCCGGCGGUUGGGUACAAGGCAGCAUUCAUGUCCUGCGAUACGAAAGAUUACUACAUGCCACAGACACGCCAGCGCAAAUACCUCGUUGCUUUUAGUAAUGAAGCCUUCGGCAGCAAUAUGACCGGAGAUAUGGCCAAGGAUGCAAUGUCAUACUUGAAGUAUUUCCAACGUCGAGCAUCGGUCGACGUUGAAAAGUUCCUUUAUCACAACACUGAUCCAGCAACUCAGGUCGACAUUCAACAGCUUGAGCACGAGAAAGCCAACAAGACAACUCGGGAAUCUUCGUGGCAAUUUUCUCAACAGAGGCACGAGAACGUGCGACAGACCGAGGGCCUGGGCCGCAGCCAUCCCUUCUCCGGUUUGAAACCAACUGGAGAGACAAGGUUUUACGACCGUGCCAAUCAAACGAUCAUGGCACGUCAGCCGGAUCGUGUAAAGGAUGUGGCAGAUAUUAGCCUCCUUCGAGGCUUGACCGCCUCGCCGUCGUACGAUUCGCGAUUUAAGGUGAAGAUCCAUGACUUCAGCCAGAACGUCGACAGAAACCUAGGAACAAAUCCUUUUGGAAUUUCUGGCUGUCUGACUCCUAGUGGUAUGGCGUUCAUCUCGAACCAGAGUCGUUUUGUGACUGGCAGAGAGUACCUGCAACUACAAGGCCUCCCGGUUCAAUCCCUCAGUCUCUCUCGAGAGACUACAGAUCAGCUCAAGAAUCUGGCUGGCAAUGCCAUGACUACUACAGUCGUUGGAGCAAUCUUUCUCUCGGCAAUCAUGGCCAUGCAUAAACAUAAUGGUCCGGCCAUGCGUCAUGGAUUUCCUCACAUAUCUGACCUGGAUGAGACUUUCAAAGGACCUCUUUCAUCGCUACCAAGAUUUCGUCUCGUCCCCACAGACCACGAACAAGAUCUCAGCUUUGAUCCCUCUGGUUACGUCAACGCCACUACGGGUGAGAUUCUCGCUUUGACCAAGCGCAUUCGCCCCUACUGCUUCUGUACAGGUACCGCAAUGUACAGCUCUGCAAUCCUCUGGAAGUGUCAGACGUGCGACACUAUACGCUGUGGCAAUUGCAAGGGAAACCCCAAGCAUGAUUACGCAAAGCUAGAUCUGGUGCCUGAGGCGUUUGGGCAAGAGGCUGCAAAACUGAUGCUGAUGAAGCACUUUCCGCAAGUUCUGUGCGGCAUGUUCCCAAGCAAUGUGGCUCGCGCGUGCCUCUCAAAGCUCCGGGGAUGCUGGUGCAAUGAAUCCGACCAUAUUGUUGUUACAAGUUUGCUGUGCAAUGCGGUGUUUUACUUCGAUGGAGUUCAUCUUUCGGAGACUGUCUCCAUUUGCUACGGCUCCCAGCCUGGAUUCAAGGUCAAGAUCAUGAUUGACGCGGAGAGCAUCACCUGGUAUCUGUUCAUCGACCCUCACUCAGAUGUUGCUGAGAUGCUCGCCCCCACACUUGUAGAAGCAUCCCGUCCUGAUCAAGCCUUUGAUCGCCAUUCCAGAGAGUACUUCCCAUCUCCAGAGCGAGUGCGCGACUUUCUUCUGCGUGGACGGCCGGUUUCGCGUGCUCAGAUCGCAGACGAAGAUCUUCCCAGCCUCCCUAUGCACCAGCAGUGGCUGCCUUGGAACUUUUUCCAGCCAUCUCGUAUGGUCAAUGGAUCCCAAGUGUAUAACCAGAGGGUACUGGUGACGAAAGAAGAGAAGUCCCUCACCAUCGACCGCCUUCCAGAAGAGGACGAGGAUCAGUGCGUCACCGACCGCCUUGCUGAAGGUAUCUGUGAAUCUCUCUAUGGAACCUGGGAACAGAAGCCCAACUGCGAUGUUGCCGAGAACAGCCUCUAUGUUCAGCACCAGAAUAAUGGCGAGGAUUUGUUUCUCUUCAAGGACCCGUCAAGGAUUGGGCCCGCAGAGCUUGACGCCUUUGUCCUCUCCAAGAAUCCCCGUCUCAUGCAAUGGCAUGAACAUCGUGAGGUCUUGUUGUCCUUCGUUCCCAUGGCUGAACCAUCCAGACAGAUCCACAAACUCCCACGGGGAACUUACGUGAUGCUAAUCACCAUGGACGGUUUCUGGCAAUCUGAUACCUAG